CUGAUCAAUGCCUAGUGGUUCUUUUCUGCUGAAAGGAAAACUGAUCCGCUAUUUCGGGACAAUGCAUUUCAGGUUAGCGGCCUUGUGGGUUUAGCAGCAACUUAUGGUUGACGUUGUUGGGCAUCCUCUAAAGGACCUUUUGGAGUUACAUUUCUUGUUGGCUGUUGUGUGUCAAGAGCUGGAGAAUAUCUUAUGAGAGGAUUUGCAGGUUGUUCUUCUGUAACAGAGCCAAGAAAGGAUUCCUUAUGCCCAUAGUUCACAGGCUGGUCCAGCAUCUUCUUUGGCCAAAAAAAGAAUAAAAAACCAAGAAGUUACAAAAGAGCUAUAUUAAGGAAAUCGGAAGCAGCUACCUAACAGAAAACCACUGGGUUAAGAGACCGCUACAUCCAUUGGGAAAACCGUUGCCAUGAAGGUUUUACGUUCUGUAAUGCAACAAAAGGAGGGUGGAAUCGCUGGAGUUCUAGUGGUUCAAGCGGAUGCUUCUAUGGCUGUUCCUGGAAAUAGGCCGGAGCUGAAUGCCCUUCCUCUUAGAUACACAAAGAAAACGUGUGUGGAGCAUCGUAUUGGGCUCAGGCCUAUUAAAUUGGAAGCCACGACCGAACAGACUAGCUUGCAUAAUAAAAACAUGGCGUCGAUGAUGUUUACGGAUUGCUCCUCUUCCACAACGUCGCUUCUCAUCCAUCUGAACCGCCGCAGCAGUAAUACCUUCCUCCGUCAGUCCGUUGGCCAACUCCGCCUACGGACCACUGUGUCUGGCCGUGCCUGCUCUCUCUCCAUUCGCUCCGCUGAUGCAGCAUCCGACAAGGUAAUUGAUGGAAAGGCUGUGGCGAAAACGAUAAGAGACGAGAUCACAGUCGAGGUUUCAAGAAUGAAGGAAUCGAUCGGUGUGGUUCCUGGAUUAGCUGUGAUCCUUGUUGGGGACAGAAAAGAUUCGGCGACUUAUGUGAGGAACAAGAAGAAAGCUUGUGAAUCCGUCGGGAUACAAUCAUUCGAGGUUCGUCUAGCUGAAGAUUCCUCAGAAGAGGAAGUGAUGAAGUCUGUCUCGGGCUUCAACGAUGAUCCUUCUGUCCAUGGAAUCCUUGUUCAGCUGCCUCUACCAUCGCAUAUGGAUGAGCAGAACAUAUUGAAUGCGGUUAGCAUAGAGAAAGACGUGGACGGAUUUCACCCGCUGAAUAUUGGACGGCUUGCCAUGCGGGGAAGAGAGCCCUUGUUCGUUCCCUGCACUCCAAAAGGAUGCAUCGAGCUGCUGCACAGAUACAACGUUGACAUCAAAGGAAAGAGAGCCGUUGUGAUCGGAAGGAGCAACAUCGUUGGUAUGCCAGCUGCUCUGUUACUCCAGAGGGAGGAUGCAACUGUUACCAUUAUCCAUUCAAGAACCAAGAACCCUGAAGAAAUCACACGGGAAGCUGAUAUCAUUAUCUCAGCUGUUGGGCAGCCGAACAUGGUCAGAGGAAGCUGGAUUAAACCGGGCGCAGUCCUCAUCGACGUUGGGAUUAACCCUGUUGAGGAUCCAGAUGCUCCACGUGGCUAUCGAUUGGUUGGAGACAUUUGCUACGAAGAGGCUUCGAAAGUUGCAUCAGCCAUCACGCCUGUUCCUGGUGGUGUUGGACCAAUGACCAUAGCCAUGCUUCUUUCCAACACGUUGACAUCAGCUAAGAGAAUCCACAACUUCCAGUGA